CGGCGGGGUGUAGUCAGUCGUGCAGCGCUUACUCAUUGGCUGCCUCAGACACGGUAGCUCUACCUCUCACGCUCUCAUAAAUGCGCUCCCACCGCUGGCCGUGGCAGAUAAUCGCGUGCCACUGUGAGAGGGACACACCUUCCGCUGCUUUUUCUACACUCUACACGGGGGAUGCGUUUUGACUCACGAACCGGUGUCAUCCGUCCAACGUUUCCGCUGUUUUGCGACCCUCGCGCAUAGGUUACGCGACCGCGACCGCUCCCACGCCGAAGAUGACCGGGGUUUUUGAGAACUUAAACACUGAUAUGCAUUCGAACCAGAUUACCUCAAGCAACUACCACAGCUUGCACAAAUCGCAGGAGUCCCCGACCCUCCCGGUGUCUACGGCGACGGACAGCAGCUACUACAACAGCCAGCAGCCGGGCCACUGCGCGGAGUCGCCGUUCGGCCAACUGGGCUCCUACCAGUACCACGGCAGCACUGUGCCAUACAAUGCAAAGUCAUACGAGCUGAGCUUCAACUCCUCGUAUAGCGCGUACGGCUCCUACGGCUCCAACCCCUCUCCCACUCCGGCCGACACAGAGAAAGAAGAGAGCGAGCCAGAAAUCCGCAUGGUUAAUGGAAAACCAAAGAAGGUCAGGAAACCUCGAACCAUUUAUUCCAGCUUCCAACUGGCCGCACUUCAGCGGCGGUUUCAGAAGACGCAGUACUUGGCUCUUCCAGAACGGGCCGAGCUGGCAGCUUCGUUGGGCCUUACGCAAACACAGGUGAAAAUAUGGUUUCAAAAUCGCCGCUCCAAGUUCAAGAAGUUGUGGAAAAACGGAGAAAUCCCCCCAGAGCAACACGUCGCUUCCAGCGAAUCUCCCCCGUGCGCGUCUCCGCCAACUACUGCCUGGGACUUUCCACAUGCUCAAAGAAUGAACAGUGUCAACUCCAGUUUACCUCAAAGCAGCAGCCCUCCCAACACGACUGCGCCUUCGUCCUUUUUGGCAAACUACUCCUGGUACGCAACCACGAACUCUACCACGCAUCUGCAACCGCCUCUAGUCCCGCACCAUCACAACUCCACCUUAAGCGCUGGGACGAUAUUCUGAAAAAAAAAGAAAAACAUAGCAUCGGGUUUAAAUCGGAAAAUACUGGUGAAAAAUGCCAAUACCUUCAUUUACAGACCUCGUGUGUGCGUAGGAUGGAGCCAGAAAGGUUCACGGACCUUUUCCAGCGUUCGCGCUGGCAGAUGUUAGAAACAGAUUUCUACAGUUAUUUUUGUAUUUAUUUAUUUUGUUUAUGUCGAGGGAUGAAUGAACCACUAUUUCCCAAAGCAAUCACAGCCUGCAGGGCGCGAGCCCACUUCUACGCGGACGUCACUUUUUAACCAUUCCUGCAAAAUAAAACACCCGCGGGACAACCUGUCACAAAUGUAGCACAAGUUAACUGUAUCGUGCCUUUUUCACUAUGACCUCAUUUUGUCGUGCCCACCUUUCAUUCAUUCCGCAUGUCGUUAGUUGAUUUGAAUUUCCUAUGAUGGGGGUAAGUGUAUGAUACGUUUGUAAAUAUCACCACAGCUUUUUUUAAAGCCCAUGACGCUUUGACUCUUUUUAGGCUAUUGGUAAAAUCCACCGCAAGCUACUGAUUGUCCUGCCCUCUGAUUUAGUUGUAUCACACUCAAUCGUAUUUUUGUCUUAUUUAUUUUAGCAAUGUUCCACAUAUGGCCAGACAUUAUUUAAAUAAAAAUGUUUUCUGUGCA